AUGCUCUCGAGGAUCGCCGUGCUGCUCUUCCUCGUGGUGGGCAGGGCGUAUUCGGCACCGGUGGAUGCGAGUGUCGAUGCAUCUCCGCUAGCGACGUAUAGCGGGGACGGUGAAUGGUUUCUGUACAGAUUCACGCAACCACUGAUUCGCUGCGAUCGCAGGACGUUCUACGUGCCUGGACUGGGUGCUUGCGGGCGAGUUAACCGGAGAGGGGACCUGAUGUGGCACGGCGCUUCGAAGGUCACGAAUCCCAAUCUAAACCCCAUUUGCGGUAAACGCCUCAAAGCCACCUAUCGCGGGAAAUUCAGUCACCGUGACCGUGGAGGACCGUUGCGCAGGCUGUGCGGGUGCGGCCGAUCUAGAUUUCACGGAGGCUGGAUUCAGGAAGCUCGCGGCGCUGGGGGUGGGCCGGAUAGAGAACGUGCGGUGGAUCUGGGUUUGAGCACGCCACUGGUCAGGAUUCUUCAUGUUGGUUCACCAGAUUUCAUGAAUGAAUGCUCUGCGGAUGUGGAUCAGGAGCCAGAGGCCGGUGCGAUCAAGGCUGCAAAAGCGGAUGUGACGGGUGCCACGCCCCGGCUUGUCCGACAGUAA